AAAUUUAAUACUUAUCUGUGGGACUUCACAUAUGUCAUGUAGAAAACAAGAAAGUUUUGCAAUUUCUGUAAAAUACUUAAAUAACAAGUAAAUUUGAUAAUUUGUUCUUAUCGAGUAAUCUUUUUAUUAAUCAUACUACUUAGAAUAAUUUGAUAUAAAUCCUUGGACAUAGCUAAAUUGGUGGAGAUAAUAAACGUUAAUAUUUAACAAGUUGAAAAGUUUGUCUUUCAAUUUGUGAUUUUGUAAAGAUCAUUCUAUGGAAUGGACAGUUUGCUAUCUGUGAAACAUCCAUUAGCUUUGUGUUGAGAGGUCGCGGCGGCGGGGUGAUGCGGCCAUGGCUUCGCGGCGCGUGACGCGCAAGUGGGAGGUGUUCGCGGGACGGAACCGAUUCUGGUGCGACGGCCGCCUCAUGACGGCGCCGCACCCCGGCGUGUUCCUGCUCACGCUCGCGCUCAUCUGCGGCACGUGCGCCCUGCACUUCGCCUUCGACUGCCCCUUCCUGGCCGUGCGCGUGUCGCCCGCCGUGCCCGCGGCCGGCGCCGCGCUGUGCGCGCUGACGCUGGCGGCGCUGCUGCGCACGGCGCUGUCCGACCCCGGCAUCAUCCCGCGCGCCGCCGCGGCCGAGGCGGCGGCGCUGGAGGCGGCCGAGGCGGGCCGGCCGCCGCCGCGCGCGCGCGAGGUCUUGGUGCGCGGCCGGCCCGUCAAGCUCAAGUACUGCUUCACGUGCAAGAUGUCGCCGCCGCGCGCCAGCCACUGCUCGCUGUGCGACAACUGCGUGGAUCGCUUCGACCACCACUGUCCCUGGGUGGGCAACUGCGUGGGCAAGCGCAACUACCGCUACUUCUACACGUUCGUGGUGUCGCUGUCGUUCCUGGCGGUGUUCGUGUUCGCGUGCGCCGUGACGCACGUGGCGCUGCUGGCGCGCGGCGCGGGGCUGGGCCCGGCCCUGCGCAGCACGCCCGCGUCCGCCAUCGUGGCCGCCGUGUGCUUCCUGUCCGUGUGGUCCGUGCUGGGGCUGGCCGGCUUCCACACGUACCUCGCCUCCACGGACCAGACCACCAAUGAAGACAUUAAGGGGUCGUUUUCAACACGCCGUGGCGUGUCAAAUCCGAACCCAUAUUCACGCGGCAACGCAUGUGCCAACUGCUGGCACGUACUGUGCGGGCCGCUGGCGCCCAGCCUCAUAGACCGGCGCGGCGUCUUUACCAUCGACGUCAAGGACGAGCUGCCGCCGAGCUUCGCGCGAGCUCUCAGCGCCGCGCCCCCCGUCGCGCCCUCGCCCCCGCUCGCGCCCUCGGCCGCGCCCCCGCAGCUAGGCGGCAGCUACAGCAAUCUGUUCGAGAGUGGCUCCCCGGUUCGCCACGCCUACAUGAAUCGCUCGCUGGAGCUAGAACCCGUGUCAUCGCAGCCAGUUUCGCUGCCGCCGGGGCCGCUGCAGCCGGGGCCCCUGCAGCCGGGACCCCUGCAGGCUGCGCCGGGCGGGCUGAGCGCGUCGCGGCUGCGCCUGCUGCACGACACGACGAUGAUCGACGCGGCGCUGGACCUGGACGAGCCCGAGCCGCCGCCGCACCUGGCGCGCGGCCCGGCGCCGGCCGUGCACCUGGCGCCGGCCGUGCACCUGGCGCCGGCCGUGCACCUGCCGCCGCGCGCGCUGGCGGCGCUCUGACCCGCGCGCCGGGGCCCGCGCCGGGUCCCUCGCCGGGUCCCGUGCCGGGGCCCGCGCCGCCGCCGCGCCCGCCGCCUUGUCUGCGGUCGCCCUCGCGUGCCCCGCGUCCGGACCCGACGCCUUCUGUGCUCUGUAAAUAAACUAUAAACUAUUAUAAAUAUUAUUAUAAUAAAUAGCUUGUAUUGUAGAGUUCUA